UUAUCAAGUAUCCAGUGUGUUAUUUAAUGUGCCGUGUAUGUGGUCACUUCCUCAUUUUUCUGUUCCCUGUGAGGCUGAGAUUGUAUUUGGAGGCUGGAACAGACUUGCGUAAUUCAUUGAGCAAUCUCUUUUUGCCUGUGAAAUCCGCAGCUCGCUCUCUCUCGCUCUGUAUAAUAGUGUUUCAGUCUCCAGUUUCUACUCCUGUUUGGUGGUUCAGGGUGAUGAAGAUAAAAUGCACGUAAUAACCCAAAGCUGUGUCCUAUUUUUGUGGAUGUAUAUGCUGACCUUCGUAAGAAGUCAAGAAUGUACCCUUGAGCAGUUUUUAAAGGGCCCCCUUUUUGAUUCAAAUUUCGACACAACUGAUCUGGACGCCAGAUACCCUGGUGGAAAACAAGUGAGAGUGAGCUGCAAUGUUGGCUUCACUGGGUUUUUCAAACUGAUCUGUGUCGAGGGAAAAUGGCAGUCCAGAGGCACGAUUUGUCAACCAAAAUCAUGUGGUCAUCCUGGCGAUGCUCAGUUUGCAGAUUUUCAUCUGGAAAAGGGAGACGAUUUUGUGUUUGGGUCACAAGUUGUAUACACCUGUCAUAAAGGUUAUCAAAUGGUCAGUCGCACAAACUAUCGGCGUUGCAUGGCUGAAGGCUGGGAUGGUGUGGUUCCUGUCUGUGAAGCCCAACAGUGCCCAGUGAUUCAUGUGGACAAUAAUGUCCAGGUGAAUGGGGACCCGGAAGAAGCAACCUAUGGCAAUGUAGUUCGAUUCAGCUGCAAGUCCAACUCUGAAAUUCUGUUUGGGUCACCAGAGAUGUAUUGUGAUGAAAAUGGAGAGUGGAGUGGCCAAAUUCCAAAAUGCCAAGCGAUAAUAUGUGCAGUACCCAAUAUUGAAAAUGGCUACGUACCUGGAAAUAUCCAAGAGUACAAAGAACAUGAAGUCCUUCACUAUGAGUGUAAUGCUGGAUAUAAACGUGCUGAAGAGAGACCUUCAAAAUGCACAAAACUAGGAAUAAGAGCAGAGUGGAGCCCCACACCUGCAUGCGAAGAAAUAAAAUGUAAACUGACACUGCCGCCAGUGGAGGGAACCAGGUAUGAACCUACUCACAGAAAUCUAUUUUCACCUCGUGACACACUGAGAGUCAUAUGUGGAGAGAAGUACUGGAUUUCUACUCAUCAAGACGCCUCAGCAGUAACUACAUGCAAAGAUGAUGGAGAAUGGACUAUCAGACCAAUAUGCCAAGAGGUAAGAUGCAGCAAUCAAAGACCGCAACAUGUGCAUUCCUGGCAAGUCAACUGGUGGCAACGAAUAGGAUUGGGUGACACUGUAAGUUAUUGGUGUAGGGAUGGCUACAGGAGGACAGGUGGUGCCACCCGGGCCACAUGCAAAAGAGACGGAUGGAAUCCAGAUCCACUUUGUCAAGAAAUCACAUGCGACAGAGAAGAUGUCCCAAAUGCAAAAAUAAUCACCAAUGACAAGCAGACAUACAAAUACUAUGAACGGGCCAGUUAUGAGUGCGAGGAAGGUUAUCAAGGACAAUUUACUCUCACCUGUGGGGAACGUGGUUGGCACGGGAAUGCACAAUGCACAGAGGUAACGUGCGACAGAAGGGAAUACAGAAACACGGAGAUAGUUGGGAGCUAUAAGUACGAAUACAGGUACAAUGACCAGGUCCAGUAUAUCUGCAAGAAUGGUCACGAGGGAAGUUUUAAUAUGACCUGUAAGGAAACAGGUUGGAUCGGAUCUCCAGACUGUACAAAGAGAUAUUGUAAAAAACUUCACAUCGACCAUGCCGACAUCACCCGCAAUGAAAAGGAAACUUACAGCCACAAUGAACGGGUCCAGUAUGCAUGCACGCACGAAGGAGGAAAAGUUUUCACUGUUACCUGUGAGCAAAGUGUUUGGACUGGGGUUCAGAAGUGUGCAGAAUGCCCAACCCCUGAAGUUCGACAUGGAUUUGCAGUUGGCCCCUACAAUGGCACAAUAUACUACACCUGUGAUGAAGGCUAUAAGCUUUUCACCAAAGGCUGGUGGGCUGAGGCCAAAUGUAAUGAUGGCGAGUGGUCUGGAUUUGAACUAUGCAUCGAAAAUGAAAAGUGUGGAAAGAUUCCUGUGAUUCCUAAUGCGGAUGUGACACCUCCACGUAGAGAAGACCAAAGCUACAGGAUUACCUGUAAGGAAGGGUACAGGGCUCAGGUUGAACACUUUAGUUGUCGCCAGGGAAAAUGGCAUUUUGGUGGAUUUUCCCCCAGAACUAUCUGUACACCAAACGGCAAUCUCUGCAGUCCCCCACCUAAAGUUCCCAAUGCAGUUGUUGUGACUGAAUAUCAGAGGGAUUUCUUGUCUGACUCUAGAGUAACUUAUACGUGCCGUAAUAAGUAUACCCUAAUAGACGGAGAAGACACAAUUCGAUGCAUAGAUGGGAAAUGGGAGACGAAGGACAUUGAGUGCACACUGAAGCCAUGUGAACUUCCUGAUGACACACCCAAUGGCUAUUAUCAAAUCAUCCGCGGUGAAGAGUUUGUUUUUGGUACAACAAUCAAAUACUUUUGUUAUGAAGGGUAUCAAAUGGUGAGUAAGGUAGACACCAGGACAUGUUUGCUGGACAAAUGGACCAAUCACGUGCCAACAUGUGAACGUAAGUCUAUGUAUUUGGAACAUUUUGCUCAGAUGAAGUUUUUAUUUUAUUGAAGUACAAUAUGCUGACUUUUCAGCAUCUCAGUUGCAAAGUCAGAGGAGCUCUUACAGGCACCCCUGGUCCGGGUAAUAAAAGUCAAAGGUGUGGACUCAAGUCACAAAUUUGAUGACCUUUGACUUGGACUUUACCACCAAUGAUUUGUGACUUUACAUGGACUUGAGCCAAUAGACUUCAAAAUACUAGAUGCCUUCCCCUGAGCCCAAAGAUUAAAAAUAAAAGUGUGUCACAAGUAUAUUCCUUUUCCCAAUCAACUCACAUUAACACUACUGAUUCCCAGCAGUCGACAGUUAAUUUCUCAAAUCUACUUUGUCUGAACCAAUCUGACAGCAUCCAGUCAAGU